GAAAAAGGAAGUUGUAUGGAUCACUUGAGUUGAAAACAGAUGCAUUGAGUAAGAUGGAUAGUCUAAUGCUGCUACAACUCAAUUAUGUGCACAUAACCGGCUCUUACAAGAAUUUUCCGACAGAAUUAAGAUGGUUGUGCAUGCAUGGGUUCCCUUUAAAGUCUAUACCUUCAAACUUACCGAUGGAGAAUAUGGUUGCUUUUGACAUGUCAUAUAGCAAUAUCGAGUCAUUUGGGUUUUAUAGCUAUCCACAACAAUCUCAUAAGAGGCUAAAGCAAUUGAAAGGAUCGAGCUCAAAAGACAAAAGGUUGCUUGGAUCGUUGAAGAUUCUUAAUUUAAGUUCAUGUGAACAACUUCGUAGUCUUGGUGGCUUUGACCAUCUCCCUUCACUUGAGAGGUUAAUACUUAAAGGUUGCAUUGGUUUGCUUGAGGUUUGUGAAUCAAUUGAACAAAGUCGUGAACUUGUCCUCAUUGAUUUUAGCUACUGCAACAAGCUUCAAAAAUUUCCAAGAAGCAUAAGCAUGUUAAAGAAGGUUAAAACAUUGUCGCUAGAGGGGUGUAGUCUUCGUGAAUCUUGAAUCGAGAUUAG